UUGAUUUAGAAAACCCCUUCCAAAUACCUUCCAUAAUGAAACUCUAUAUUACAAUUUUAAUAUUUCUUUCGGUAAGUCAAGUGCUGUCUUCUAGAGCGUUUUUAAGAAGACAUACGCAAAGGUACAGCAUACCUCCUCCAAAAGUCGCAGUAUCAAGAGCAGAAGUGAAUACGAGAUAUUUUACACAAAGGUUAGACCACUUCGAUCCCUCUAAUACAAACGUUUGGUCGCAGCGAUAUUAUGUCAACGCGGAGUUUUUUAAUGCGACGGAAAACGAGGUCAUUUUUUUGAUGAUUGGUGGGGAAGGUGAGGCUUCCGUCGAAUGGAUGACGGGUGGAGCAUGGAUUGAGACUGCUACGAGAUAUGGAGCUCCCUUGAUUCAGCUAGAGCAUAGAUUUUAUGGAGCCAGUCAUCCUUUUGAGGACUUGAGCGUCGAAAAUUUGCGGUUCCUGUCAAGUAGACAAGCUUUGGAGGACACCGCAACGUUUAUUAAUGGUAUGAAUCAGGGCUACAACUUCACGAAAGACGCAAAAUGGAUAGUAUUCGGGGGCUCUUACUCUGGGUCACUAGCAGCUUGGUUAAGGCAGAAGUUUCCACAUCUGGUUCAAGGGGCUAUGUCUGCCAGUGGGCCUUUGUUCGCACAACUAGAUUUCCCUGAGUACUUGCAAGUGGUUGCGAAAGACCUGGCUUCCUACAGCCAAGAAUGCGUGGACACGGUGAAAACAGCAUUCAUACGACUUGAAGAACUAGUAGACAAUCCAGGAGAAUUGAACAUCACCUCUCUGUUCAAUCUAUGUGAUGACAUUGAAGAGGUCAACACCGAGGCAGAUAUUUCUACUUUGUUUGAAGCUGUCAGCGAUGUUUUCGCUUACGUAGCGCAGUACAAUAAAAACAAUGGUCGACCUAUUUCUGUGGACGACUUGUGCGACAUUCUGGUCAACGAGACUUACGGUGACGAGUUGCAGAGACUGGUGGAGGUGAAUAAAUUGUUUUAUGGUUCGUCCUGCGUGGAUUAUAGGUACCAAAAUGUAGUUGAUGGAAUGUUGGAUGUGACUAUCACAGUCAGCGGAAACAUGCGGCAAUGGUACUACCAAACUUGCACGGAAUAUGGGUGGUACCAAUCUACUAGUCAAGAGCAAGUUUUUGGUAAUAAAACUCAUGUGGAGUACUAUACAAAUAUCUGCAAAGAUGUGUAUGGGACAGACUUCAACUCAAGCUACAUAAGUGGUCAAAUUGGGGAAACAAACACACACUACGGUGGUUAUGACGUUGACGUGAGGAACGUGGUUUUCGUUCAUGGGUCCUUUGACCCUUGGAGUCCCAUGGGCCUUACAAAUACAACUAAUCCAGAUUCACCUGUUAUAUUUAUCGAAGGUACUGCUCACUGUUCAAACAUGUAUCCGAGCUCAGAGAACGACCUACCGCAACUUAAUACUGCCAGGGAGGAAGUUGACAGGUUGAUAGGAGUUUGGCUGGGAGUUGAAACUUCCGGAGUUAGCAGUCACUUUACUACGUCUAUAAUAAACAUUUUGUUAUUAAUUACAAGUAGCUUGAUUAUAAGCAAAUUUUAA